CUCUCAGUAGUCAGCCCGCAUUAGUCCACAUCCUUCUGAGGUGACGCUGAAAAUGGAACGCUAAGACCUGCAAAGUCGGACAGGGAUCAUGUGCGAGCCAGUGCGCUUGGAACACGCGAAAACGGUUAGAGCCGCUGUAGCUAGAGGAAAUUGCUUGGCUGACAGGCCACAUCGCGCAGCUGAGAGACGCCAGAAUGUAUUCUAAGAGCACGCGACCUGCUGCGCAAUACUGUACAAUUGUUCGCAGCACCGUAUCGCAACCUGCGAAUCUGCGUCUUCGACCUUUGUUGUACCUUACCGGAAUGCGUGAGCGACUAGUCUCGCACCUCGACAGUACGCGGGUGGCAAGCGACCGAGUGUCCGAUCCAAGGCGUGUGUCUGUGCUGAACAAGACUCCAACGGGGGAAGUCACAGGCAGCUACCGAGAUGGUGACGCCGACGAGAUGGGCGCGACAAGCUUUGUAGCCCCGUUCUAGCUUCAUCGUCGCUGAUUUCACCGUCAUGGUAGCGAAACGGGCGCUGUUAGAUCCUCACCCUGAGAGGGACAGUGUCUGUUGUGGGUCUAGACCGGUCCGCCCUGAGCCUCAUUCAGUAGCGAUGCUGCGUUGCUACUGCUCUGCUGCUGCUGGUCACAGAAGACAUCUAGUUCAAGUCCCCUUCAGACAAACUGUCAUAAACGAACGAUCGUGCACGGCGUAACACGGUCAGCCCGUCUGCUCACCGUGGCGUCUCACAGCUGAGAUGGACGUGAUCAGACCGCCCGGUUCGCACACAGUCUCUCGCCCGUUGUCAGCGAACAAACGCGGCUGGACUCUCUCGGUGCCGACCUGCUUUGACAGCGUUCAUUG